CUGCCGCCCUCCGCCGGGACUCGUGUCUGUGUCUGUCUGUCUGUCUGUGCUGCAGCUCCGCUCAGAGGGACACACCGCGGAUCCCCGAGAACAUUGGGGUUCAAACCAGGCAGAUUUUUAUAGAGACCUCGGGAUUGUCUUUCGCAAAAGUCCGGGGAAGAUGUCCGCUGCCAACGAGAACGCCUCCCCCCGCCUCACCCAGUUCAAGAACAAGGGGAGAGACGCCAACGAGCUGAGGCGCCGGCGGAUCGAAUCCAGCGUUGAGCUGCGGAAAGCUAAGAAGGACGAUCAGUUGUUUAAGAAGAGGAACGUGAGCACUUUCCCGGACGAGGCGGUGUCUCCGCUACAGGAGAAGCAACAGAACACGCAGGGUUCCACGCAUAUGAGUUUGGAAGAGGUGAUUCAAGGCGUUCAGAGCAACUGUUUGGAAACUCAGCUCCAGGCGACUCAAGCUGCCAGGAAACUCCUGUCCAGGGAAAAACAUCCUCCCAUAGACGGCAUCAUUGAAGCUGGUCUGAUCCCAAGAUUUGUGGGGUUUCUGGGGAAUUUUGACUGCAGCCCUAUUCAGUUUGAAGCAUCCUGGGCCCUUACCAACAUAGCUUCUGGAACCUCAGACCAGACCAAGGCUGUGGUUGACGGUGGUGGCAUUCCAGCAUUCAUCAAUUUGCUAGCAUCUCCUCAUGCUCAUAUCAGUGAACAAGCAGUAUGGGCCUUGGGAAACAUAGUGGGUGAUGGAUCACACUUCCGAGACCUGGUUAUCAAGCAUGGAGCAAUUGGGCCAUUGCUGACUUUAUUGGCUGUUCCUGAAUUGUCUGUGUUCUCAUCCAGCUAUCUGCGCAAUGUUACUUGGACGAUCUCCAAUCUGUGCCGAAACAAGAACCCUGCUCCUCCGAUAGAAGCCAUACAGCAGAUUCUGCCCCUCCUUGUACGCCUUCUGCACCACGACGAUAAGGAAGUCCUUGCAGACACUUGCUGGGCCAUCUCCUACCUAACUGAUGGCUCCAACGAUCGCAUUGCAGUGGUGGUGAACACUGGGAUUGUGCCACGGUUGGUGCAGCUGCUUGCAUAUCAUGAACUAGCGAUUGUGACGCCUGCACUGAGAGCAGUGGGUAAUAUUGUUACUGGAACCGAUGAGCAGACGCAGCUAGUGGUGGACUCUGGAGUGCUGCCCGUCUUUGCGGACCUACUCAUCCACCCAAAGUCCAACAUCCAAAAGGAGGCUGCCUGGACCAUCUCCAACAUCACCGCUGGAAGGCAAGAACAGAUCCAGGCAGUUAUCAAUAGUGGAUUGAUCCCACCCCUUGUUCAACUGCUUGGAAAGGGUGACUUCAAGUCUCAGAAGGAGGCUGUAUGGGCUGUGACCAAUUAUACCAGUGGUGGUUCAGCUGAGCAGAUUGUGUUCCUUGUCCAGGCUGGAGUUGUGGAACCAUUGUUAGCAUUAUUAUCUGUCAAAGACUGCAAGACCAUCCAAGUCAUUCUGGAUGCCAUUACCAAUAUCUUCUUGACUGCCGAAAAGAUUGAUGGAACAGAUAAGCUUUGUCUCAUGAUUGAAGAGUGUGGUGGCCUGGACAAGAUUGAGGCUCUGCAGUCCCACGAAAAUGAACUGGUCUACAAAGCUUCUUUGAAUUUAAUAGAGAAAUACUUUUCGGAAGAGAAUGAAGAAGACCAGAAUGUUAUGCCUGAUACCACUGAAGAUGGCUAUGCCUUCCAGAUUGAUGCCCAGCAAGAGACGUUUCACUUCUAAGACUAAAUAUUUUUUCAGCAGCGUUCCAGCUGUCUCCUGUGUCUUGUCCCCUUUAGGUUCUUUAUUUUUACCUGUUGUCCUGGCACUUAAAGCACACUAUCAGUUGCUGGGUGUGUACAUUUGUGAAUGUGUACAAAACUUUCACUGCCUAUCUUGUAAAAUUCUUACAUUUCUCUUAGAAUGUAAAUACUUUUUAAAACUGCCUCUUUUCUUCAUAAACCGCAUGCACAAAUAUUGAAUUUUCUUGCCAUUUUGAAUGGUUGGGUAUAUUGAAAUGCCCUAUUGAAACACUUGCCUUUUGUUUGUAUGACAUUAAUAAAAAAUCUUUGUACCAAA